AUGCGGAGUACACAGCUAAGUGAAAGCAUAAAUGCAGACUUGAAGGAUUAUACAAAGUGCACUUUAGAUAUUGUACAAUUUUUUAAGCAUUUUGUGCGGGUAGUGAAUGAUAAGCGUGCUAAUGAAUUGAAGGCUGAGUUUGAUUCAAGAAAUAAGCUGCCAAAGAACGCAUAUAAGCACACACCCAUAAUGGUACAGGCAUCAAAAGUAUACACUCCUUUGAUAUUCGGCUUAUUUCAUGAUGAAUAUGAAUCAUUUGGUAUGUGCUACAUAAAAGAGAAAGAUGAAAGUAAUACCAUCCAAAAGUAUGUUGUUGGUGUUUUUAGUUCAGCUGGGGUGGGAUAUAAAGUUGAAUGUAAUCCAUCUGAGUAUAUACUUGAAUGUAACUGCAAGAAAUUUGAGUCAUUUGGCAUCCUAUAUUGUCAUGUUAUGAAGAUUAUGGAAAGAUUAGAUAUCAAGGUUAUUCCUGAAGCAUACAUUUUGAAUAGAUGGACACAUGGGGCAAGAAAAAUGGUAGUGGAAGAUAUCAGUGGAAAAGAAGUUGAGGAAGAUGUUAAUUUGGAUUUUACACAACGGUAUAGGAUUCUUUGUCCUAAACUAGUAAAGAUUGCUACACAAGCAUCCAAUUCAACUGAGGGAUAUGCAUUGGUGAACAAUGUUGCUAGUGAUUUGUGUAAACAAUUAGAAAAUCUUUCUCGGCAAGCCCCAAACUUAAAUGAAGAAGAAUCAACGGAGGAUUUAAAUCUAUAUAUAGUGAAAGGGCUUAAAAAGAAAGAGAGGAAGAAGAAGCCGGGCUCCAAUCCAAGCUUGCAGUUAUGGAAUGGUUAA